AUGAAGAAAGACGGUGUUUUAGACUUGGGAAAAGAAGCGGAAGAAUCAUUUCCUUAUUUGGCAUCCGAUGAGAAGUCUGCAACUGCAAGAAAUGCUGAAAAGCUAGUAUACACGGGUGAAUCAAAGCCCCAGACUAAGAAAUGGGUGCAUUUCGUAGCAGGAGGCUUUGGUGGGAUGGUCGGUGCCAUUGUCACCUGCCCUUUAGAUGUUGUCAAGACUAGAUUACAAUCUGACGUUUAUCAUUCUAUGUAUAACAAAACUCCAAAGUCAUCGAAUUAUGUCAUUAAAGCACUUCAGCAUUUCAAAGAAACAGGGACAGUUAUAAGAAACCUUUACGUCAACGAAGGUACGAGGGCCCUUUUUAGAGGUUUAGGCCCAAAUUUAGUUGGUGUCAUUCCUGCAAGAUCGAUUAAUUUUUUUACUUACGGCGCAACCAAGGAAUUUGUAUCCAACAACUUCAAUCAUGGUCAUGAGGCAACAUGGAUUCAUUUAGUGUCAGGUAUCAGUGCCGGAUUUGUUACUUCCACCGCUACUAAUCCUAUUUGGUUAAUCAAGACGAGAUUACAGUUGGAUAAAUCAAAGGGAAGACACUAUAGAAGUUCCUGGGAUUGUUUAAAACAUAUAGUAAAAGCAGAGGGUAUAUUGGGAUUAUACAAGGGUCUCAGUGCAUCAUAUUUAGGAGGAGUAGAGUCUACAUUACAAUGGGUCUUGUAUGAGCAAAUGAAAUCCUUUAUUAAUAGAAGGUCUUUAGAGACAUUUGGAGCUGAUUCUACAAGGAAGAAGACCACAAAAGACCAUGUAUUCGAGUGGUCUGCCCGCUCAGGUGCAGCAGGUGCAGCCAAAUUCAUUGCUUCUUUAAUUACUUAUCCGCAUGAGGUUGUUAGAACAAGGUUGAGACAAGCACCUUUAGAAUCAACUGGUAAACCAAAAUAUACUGGACUUAUUCAAUGCUUCAAACUUGUGAUCAAAGAAGAGGGCCUCGCAAGCAUGUACGGUGGUUUAACACCUCAUCUUUUAAGAACCGUACCUAACUCAAUAAUAAUGUUUGGUACGUGGGAAAUCGUUGUUAGAUUAUUGUCUUAA